AUGUUGUCAAUCAAAUCUGCACAACAGGUCCUCCUGUAUUUUAUCGCACUCGCCAUCUCGCGCCUGCAAGACUUACUGCUGCUAAAAGCCGAGAUCGAGCAUAUGCUUCAGAUGGGCAUCGUUCGUCCAUCUGAAAGCCCAUGGGCCUCCCCUCUUCAUAUGGUCGCCAAGGCUGACUCUGGUGACUGGCGCCCCUGUCACAAGUUAUGGCGUCGACCACGGAAGGCUUCCCCAAAUCAAGACAGGCAAGACAGAGUUGAUGAGACAACUUCUUUACUAUAG